CUCAAGGAAUAGCCAAAAAGGUGAUGAGGAAUACCGCAGUCAAAUCCCUCCAAGAACGACCGCCACCGCAGUCUCGUUCUCUCUAAGUGCUGCGUAGAUCUGCGUGGAAGCGUCUGCAAAGCCGAUCACUUGAGUUUCGACAGUUCAUGGCGGUGGAUCUCGAGCUAUUGGCCGCGGAAGACGCAGAUUUCCUACUGGACGACGCAGCGACCGCCGAAUCCCCGGCUCGAGGAGAGCCAGAUGAUGCGAUGAUGCGCGUCUGGGGUAAUCUGGAGGCUCAGGGUGGAGGAGGCGCCCAGGCGGCCGCAGCCUGGUGGGAUUUGUCGCUGGGUGACGGCAAGGUGACGGAUACGAAGACUGACGCGGGCCUCGAACCCGUGGAGCUGCUGCUGGACGAGCAAGAGGUGGAGCUCACGGCCUUCGUCGAGCCAUCGCGCUCCCGCGAGACCAUCUCCCCCGUGGCUAUCGAGUCCAAGCAAAACCGAACUAAAGUGAACUCUCACACUGCAGUUGCCGCUGCAACACGGCAAGUGGCAAUAUCCGAAGAUUCACAACCGGAAAGCGAGAGGAAACCAGUCACACGUGCAACAAGAACACCCCGAAAUUCAAAGCAAAAAGGCAACGAACUGGUAGUUAAAAUUGAACCGAAUGCUGCCGUGAAGGGGAAAGAAGGGAAAGGUGCAAAAGUGCAGCGGAAACGCAAACCAGCAACAGCGCAAGUUGUCGCGACAAGUGCGACCGUGACGGUGAAAGAAGAAAAGAAGCUCACACCUUUGGAGAUCCGUCGGAAACGAAAUCGAGAGUCCAUGCAACGUGCAAGACGCCGGCAACGGGAUGACAUCGAGCGGAUGAAAUUGACACUUCAACAGCUAGAGAAACAUUAUCAGGAACUGAACGAGAAAUCACAGGCAAAGCGUCGUCGCGCGAGUAGCAGCAACAGCAAUGGGGAUUCUGAUUCGACGACGCUAGAGGCGAAUUACUGCGCGUUGGCGGAUCUAUCGCAUACGCUGAAAGAGGAAAAGUUUCUGCUCGAGCAAAUGCUCGUGGAAAAGCAAAAGACCCACAGAAGGUUCCAACAAGUGAUGGUAGAUCGAAAACAGGAGCUGGAGCUGGCAUGUCCACUUACGACGGACGACUCGACACUUUUUACAGACUAUGAGUAUGUGCCAAUGACCGAGGAUCAAGCCAAUGAGCAUAUACGCAACUGUUAUCAACAAAUGCGGGCGAUGGAAGAGACGGUAAAGCCGCUCAUGUCCCCUUUUGAGGUUUCAGACGGAGACAGCUCCGACGUUGAGUCCCCAAGCUCCCCAUCAACUCCAGAUACACCGCAACCUUCCAAUGCACGUAAAGGUUGUGCAUUUCCACCGUCGGCAACUUUUGGAUGGGAAGUUCGUCACGAAACCAACCCUGACGGAGAUUUUUACGUGAGUUUUUCCAAAUUUUUCGUCGGUAUUACACCGCAACAAGCCAUGGUUAGCAGCUGGAGAAGGGACUCUAAGCCAACUUCUACCCCGUUUCGACGCAAAUUACGGUUCGAAGUACUCCAGGUAAUCAAUGACAGCACGUACAUCGCUGGUACUGACAUUGAACACCCUGUGCAACACGACAAGGUCAUGCGCAUGAUCUUCCUGAAUUUUCGCAUGCAAACUGACAAGGGUUAUGUAAUCGGUCGCCAUUCAAUCAACCCCUCGUCGCCCGAGGUGCGCGAGAUGGCCGAGAGAGACUCGAAUUUCGAGUACGUUGAUAGCUCGAACUGGGUAGAGUUUUCAGCUGGACAGGACGAACGCACGGGCGAGCCUGGGUGCCUCGUCAAGUUCAUCGCACGCACGGAGUACAACACCCAAGAAGACAUGUACGUUCGUCUUGUGAACUCUAUAUCUCGCACCAUGAUCUGGGAGCUCGCUGUCGUGCCUUCGUCAUCGCGCUCCCUCCUCCUGCCCUCUUGACAAUGGCAAAUGAGACGCCAGGCAAUUGUAAAACCUUGAUUACAAUACCUGCCGACCAGCGCAAGUGAAAUUUAGUCUAUUGUCUCAGACUAAAAUUCAAAAAAAUCCGUUAAUUCAUCAGUCGAGUUCCACCACGCAAGUGCUGUGACUUUUCACGUUCCACUCGCUGAAUACCAUCCACGACGUAAACUUUCAUGUUUCAAUGGCUGAAUACCAUCCAGCACGUAAAAAAAAAUAAUCUUUACUGAGAAAUAUCCGCAUCUUAACUGGCCGUAAAAGUAAAUACGGGACCAAUAUUUAAGUUUUCCCAGCGAAGUAGUCCGA